UUCCGCUUUUCAAUAGCGGCGGGGAGUACAGUACGAGGGACAUGGAUUCCGACAUUGAGCGGUUGAAGCAUCGUUAUCUCGGUAGUAGAGAGCUGGACGGCGGAACAGGCGUUUCCUCUGGCAGCGCACCGGAGCGGCGGUACAGAUCGCGGUUCCGGACCUGUGAGGGUCGGGAUACGGUAAUAAAUAUCAGCGAACAUAAUUCAAAUAUCAAAUCAUCGCUUGAAGGUGUUCUAGAAAUAAUAACAGAAGAAAGAUGUGGACCUACUAUGAAGUCACCAACAUCUGGGCUGACCUGCAGUGAAAGGAAGCACUACAACAAAUUAUUACAAAAUCUAUAUAAAACAAUAAAGUGCCAUUCUGCAUGUGUUGAUGAUGAUGAUUAUCAUUGCUCCAAUGAAGAGCUAGAGGGAUAUUUGAGUGAGGAAGAAUUCUCAGCCUAUGAGAAACAAAACAUUGGAACACAAGUUUACACUGAAACUGAUGUUACCUUGCCUUCAGGCUUAGCUUCCAGCAAUUUUCCAUCAGCAGUAAUUCAUGUAAAUGACAGCAUUACAGAGUUAAAGAAUGGAGGCCUUUCAGAGUCUUGGGAAAAUCCCUGUCUUUUACCAGUUGAAAUAGAACAAAUUCAUAAUGAGCUAACAUCCAUCUGGCAACACUUACAGAAAGAAAGCACAGCGCUACAGGAGUACAGAUUUCAGGUACAAGCACAUGAACAACAUCUAGCUGCCAGAGAGGCUUUGCUCAUCAAACAUCAAGAUGCAGUAACAAAGUUAAGAGGUGUGGAAGAAGAGGUUCAUGCCAAGUUUGAGAUUAUGAAGGAGCAACAUGUUGCUGAAGUCAAUCAACUCACAAAUGCCAUGAAGGAGAAGAUGAAAGAAAACAAAAGACUUAAAUCCUCUUUUGACUCAUUAAAGGAUUUAAAUGACUCCUUGAAAAAACAGAUUAACAAUAUAACACAGCAGAACAAGAAACUGCAAGUUCAGAAUAAAAAGAUUCAAAGCCGUUUAGAAAAUCUGCAGAGGAAGCAUGAUUUACCUGUGAUGCGGAAAAUUCAUGAAAAUGUCUCUACUGGUAUGAAAGGGAUCGGAUUGGAAAAAGAGGAAAAGAUUCAACCUACUCGUAGAAUCAAUCGUUCUUUAAAUUCCAGUUUCUGUGAAUUAUUUGCACUGCUUCUGGACUGGACGUCAGAUGGUUAUCUUUGUUAUUUAACUCCAGAGGAUGAAAAUGAUACUCAAACGUCAUUAGGUCCCAGAUGUUUACCUAGAAAAUCGGUUCAACAGAUGUGUCUGAAGAUCCUGCCCUUGAUCACAGCACAAAUUCAUUUAAUGCCACCUGGGAAUAUCAAACUGCAGCUCGCACUGGUAAAAUUCAUUUAUUGGGCUUUAAGGCAUAUAGACAGAAGAGGGACACAGCAGACUGUGCUUGUUUCAACAAUGCGACGACUAGGAGAAGACUUGUUCCAAGGAAAUAUGAGCCGGACAAUACAGGAUAGUCCUUCAGGAUCUGGUGCAGAAGCCGUUCCAAAAGCAGCUGCUUUCUUCAAGAGCUCUAAUCUUAAUGUUCGAUUUUUAUCAGCUCUCUGCAUCCUCAAAACAAUCACACAAGUGGAUUAUUUGGCUCAAGUUUUCAACAUACUUCUUACUGACCUGAACACAGAUGAAGGCAAGGCUUUAUUCUUGGAGUAUCAGGCUCUGCAGGUUAUUCUUUGCUACUUGAAACCCUCAAGUAAAAAUCUACUGUACAGUGCUGUUGACAUUAUUCUGCAAAUGACAAUGGAAUCAAGGUAUUUGCAGGAUUUUCUCGAGGCGUGUAGCAGUGAAUCUUGGUGCUGCACUUGUUCCAUGCUACUGAAAAGCUCGAAAUUGGAGAUACAAAUAUUGGAGAAACUCAGCAUAAUUCUGCAGAAACUUUCUAAAAUAAAGAAUAAUAAGAAAUUAUUUGAAUUGUUUUCAAUCCAUAUCCUCGUUCAAGAGUUGCACAGGACAAUGAAUCCAGAGCACACAUUUCUGAUCAAAAAUCUUCAGUCUAUUUUGUUUAACCUGGGUAUAAUCAAAGGCACUGCUUAGCUAGCAGUCUGGGCAAAAACCAUUCAAGUCAAUGGAUGUCAAACCAAGAAACUCAGUAAUGCUAUUUGUACUGUUAUAACUGCUUGUAAGCUUUCUGUAUAUUAGAGAUAUAAUAAUUCAUCAUAUUUCAAUAGACCAUGUUUAAAUAUGCAUAUUUUUAAUGAAACCCAAAUAAAUUGAAAUGUAAGUUUCUUCCAUGUAUUUUAGAUUUUGCCUGUAAAGAAUUGAGACUACUCAUCAAAACAUUAUUAAUAUUUAUAGCCACUUAUUUAGACAGUUGUGGCUCUGCUUCUCGUCAGGACUUGCGCCCUGUAGAAAAUUGAGUGAAGCUGAGAUCUUUAAUGGGGCCCUAGUUCUGUCCUUCCCAUCAGUUUGGGAUGAAGAUGAACAGAUUCCUUAUUUGCGUAUUUUUCAGAUACCUUUCCCUCAACAAAUACCACCAAAAAGGAUGUAGUACCAUGCUUUUGUUGCUCAUGCAAUCCAAUUUCAAAGAAAAAAAACGGAAUACAAUUCAAUACAGGGGAUUUGCAUAUAAAAAAAUUCAGUCCCCACAUGCAGAGAGACAUGCGUGCCUUGAUAGCAUAUUUAAUUGUUUCUCAUACUUCCAUGGGUUACACAAUGCAUGGGUCUCUGAGCUCCAAUUGGAUCCACUUUCCAUCCCCAAGUGAUCUCCACUGCCAAGGUAAGACCUGAUGCAAACUCGAAGAACACCUCGUAUUCUGUCUGGGUAGUUUUCAGGUAACACUUAGUUCUUGUUUCCUUACUCCUCAGCACCCGUCCCACACCCAGUCUCUCCAUCCAAUCCACCUAUGGUCUUCCCAUUUCUUUUCCCUUUCUCUAAAUCCCUCUUCCAGCCCCUCAUUACCAAUUUUCAUCCCCUCCGCUUCUGAAAUCAUCUACUUGCAAUACAUAACUUCACUCAACAGAUUCCCUCUUAUUGGUUCAAGCUGGCCUUCCAUCAAUCCCUUAAUGCUUCCCAUUACCUGGAGACCACACCUGGAGUAUUGUGUGCAGUUUUGGUCCCCUGAUCUGAGGAAAGACAUCUUUGCCAUAGAGGGAGUACAAAGAAGGUUCACCAGAUUGAUUCCUGGGAUGGCAGGACUUUCAUAUGAAGAAAGACUGGAUGAACUGGGCUUGUACUCGUUGGAAUUUCGAAGAUUGAGGGGGGAUCUGAUUGAAACGUAUAAGAUCCUAAAGGGAUUGGACAGGCUAGAUGCAGGAAGAUUGUUCCCGAUGUUGGGGAAGUCCAGAACGAGGGGUCACAGUUUGAGGAUAGAGGGG